AUGCAGCUUUUGCACGACCUCAAUUGCUCUGUACUUAUGACAACAGACAUGCAAUUUGCACCUGUUCGCGAUCUUUUGUCGGAAAGGGAAUCACUGACAGCGAUUGAGCUUAGACCAUUAGAUGAGUUGCUCAAUGAGCCCCAACCAGAGUACAGUUUCAGUAAAAAGCUCAGCGGGGUGGAAAGUCAAACUGCCUUUGCAGUUCACACGUCUGGAUCAACAGGUUUCCCCAAACCAAUGCGCAUCAGUCACGAAUAUAUUUCUCGGGCCGCACAAAAUAUUGGAUUGGCUCCCCCGAAAGGAUUUGAGAUGCUGAAUUCCCUGGCGGGGAAUAACAGGAACGUGCUUCUACUUCCUCUAGGACAUCCAGCAGGUGUGCACUUUGGAGUAUUUAAUCCUUUCUUCAACAACACCACCGUUAUUCUGCCUCUACCAGGAAUCCCACCCACUGGAGAAGCCCUAUUGGAAAUCCUCAAACACACUACGGCAGACUGGGCAACUAUGGCUCCGCUUACCCUUGAGGGAAUCUCAAAAGACGAGAAAUUACUGGACGAAAUUUCCCAACAGUUGAAGAUGCUCCUAUUCUCGGGGGGAAGUCUUCCCAAGGUUUUCGGAGACGUAAUCGCUACCAAGAUUAAGUUGACUUCUCUUCUUGGGUCUUCCGAGUCAGGACCGAUACCAACCAUGUAUCCCCUCGAAUACAACUUUGGAAGAGACUGGAACUAUAUUCAAAUUCAUCCUGCUCUAGGCGCUAAAUUCGAAGAUUCAGCGGGGGGUGUUGCGGAACUUGUGUGGGAGCGUUCCCCAGAGACCGAGCCCUAUCAAACUGUGUUCACGAUAUACCCUGACCUACAAGUUUUCCGCACAAAGGACUUGUUUACUUCGCAUAUAGAGCUUGCCAACACUUGGACCCAUGCAUCCCGCUCAGACGAUGUGAUUGUCUUUCUCCAUGGUGAGAAGAUCAAUCCGAUUGCGUAUGAGAGUAAUAUCAGUAAACACCCGGAUGUGUCUACGGCGUUGAUGUUUGGACAUCAGAGGUUCGAGCCAGGAUUGUUGAUCCAACCAGUGGAAUCAAAACAUCCCCUGACAGCGGUAGAAAAAUCACAGUUUAUUCAACACAUAUGGCCGAACGUUGAGUACGCGAACAGCCUCUCACCAGGAUACGCACAGAUAUCACAAUCACAUAUACUGUUUAUAGACGGUGAUAUGCCAAUUCUAAGGACCCUCAAGGGUUCUAUUCGACGUGCGGAAAUAUUGAAACAGUAUGCAGCUAAAAUUGCCAGUGUCUAUGACGAUGUAGACUCAAUGUGGACUCCUGCGGCGAAUAAAUCAAAAGAGAUGGAGACAACCGAACGAAUCGAGAAUCUUAUUCAAAACUCGGUGGUUGAUGUCGCUAAAUGGAAGGCGGAAGAAUUCGACAAAGAUAUCAACUUUUUCAAUCAUGGAAUGGACUCUCUUCAAGUGCUAAGACUUGUCCGGGUUCUUCGUGCGAAGUCCUCGAUACGGUCGAUAGAGCCAAGCACGAUUUACCUUCACCCAACAGUUGCUCUUUUGACAACGGCACUGCAAGAGCUAGCUAGCGAUAUCGAGUCAUCCGUCAAGGCUAAGAAGCCAAUACAGUUGCGUAGCCGGCAAGAAACUCUGGACCAAUACACCAAAGAAAUUGACGCCGUUCAGCCAGCAGUUGAAAAUACCCCCCCAGAAACAGGCGAACAAGCUACUGUCGUUUUGACUGGGUCAACCGGCUCAAUCGGCUCCUACAUUCUUAGAGCUUUACUCGAAGAUUCUCGGGUCGGGCAUAUCUAUUGUCUUAAUCGUUCAUCCGAUUCGAACAAUUUGCAAGAGCAACGAAACAAAUCAUUAGAUUCUACCUUACCCACAACUUUUCCAAAAGAGAAAGUGACGUUCCUCAAAUCAGAUCUUUCAGACUCCAAAACACUAGGUCUUCCAGAAGAUAUCUACACCACCAUCAGGGAGAAGGUCACCCUUAUAAUCCACAAUGCAUGGAGAGUAGACUUCAACAUUCCUCUUCAAUCUUUUAGCGACCAACUUGCUGGGGUUGUGAGUUUGUCGUCUCUAAGUGUCCGAUCCAGCUGUCAGGCCGCCUUCGUCUUUCUAUCAUCGAUCAGUGCCGUGAUGGACUUUGAUGACACACAUCAAGGACGACCAAAAGUCAUUCCUGAAUCCGUGAUUACUGACAUCAGCGCCGCAGCCCCCGCCGGCUAUGCUGAAAGCAAGUACAUUGCCGAAAGGCUCCUUGCUCGCGCAGCGGAAAAUCUGAAGCUUCGAAACGUCUCAAUCUUGCGACUAGGUCAGAUUUCUGGCCCUGCUAAAAGUGAUGGUCGUUGGAAUGUGGCUGAUUGGGUGCCUUCCUUGGUGUUGGGCUCAAAAGCUUUGGGGGUUCUUCCCAGCUCUUUACAGAAUAAUGUCGACGGUGAAGAUAUCGCCUCCAUCGAUUGGCUUCCUAUUGAUACUGUCGCGGGUGUAAUUGCUGAAAUUGGCUUGGAGGCUGCUACAAACUCUAUCAGACAUGGUCUUGCUGUUUAUAAUGUUUUGAACCCCCAGAAAACGUCAUGGAACGCAUUAUUGCCAUCCAUCACAGCCACCCUACAGCAAGGAACAAAUACGACCUUUCAAAUAGUUUCCCCAACGGAAUGGAUCGAGAAACUCAAAAACUGCGCAUCGGAGAUCCUGAAAGUUGCGAUCUCAUCAUCCGAUGAGCAAACAGAGGCAUUGCUCCGCGCCAAUCCUGCGUUGAAGCUCAUUGAUUUCUUCGACGGACUCUUCGGCUCCGUUGACAAGGGGCAAUAUAGCAAUGAUACACAUAAGUCUGCUUGGGAGACGAGUAACGCAGAACGGAAAAGUGGAAAAUUGAGACAUGCAGAGGCUAUUGACGGUGAGAUGAUGGAGAGGUGGACCAGGCAGUGGUGUGCGUCUAUCACGAACGUGUAA